AUGUCAGAGGUACAGGAAUUCGACGCGAUUAUCGUUGGAGCUGGUUUCGCUGGUGUUCACCAACUGAUCCAAUUCCGGAAACUGGGACUCAAAGUCAAACUCCUCGAAGCCGGUGGUGGUUUGGGAGGCACCUGGUACUGGAACACCUACCCUGGAGCAAGGGUCGACUCUGAAAAUCCCAUCUAUCAAUUCUCGGAUCCCGAGCUCUACAAGGAUUGGAAUUACACAGAGAAAUUCCCUGGCUGGCGAGAAAUUCAACAGUAUUUCGAGUACGUCGACAAGAAGCUCGAUCUCAGCAGAGACGUCUCGUACAACUCGCGCGUAGUGUCCGCGAUUUGGGAUGAUACCACUGAUCGUUGGACUCUUACAACUGAGGCCGGAGACGUGUACCGAGUUCAGUGGCUCAGUUUGUGCACAGGCAUCGGUUCGAAAUACUACAUUCCUCCCUACAAAGGAUUGGACUCCUUCAAAGGUGAAGUGCACCACACAUCGCGGUGGCCCACAGACUACGACCUCAAGGGAAAGAAGGUCGGGGUCAUUGGGACUGGCUCUACAGGUGUUCAGUUCAUCCAAGAGAUUGCCCCCGUCGUAGAGCACCUUACAGUUUUCCAACGUACUCCCAAUCUCUCCCUGCCUAUGAAACAGACCAAGCUUGACUUCGAGGAGCAGAAGAAGCUGAAGGAAUACCUAUACCCUAUCCAAUUUGGUCGACGAAACCAGACGUUCUCAGGCUAUCUCCAUGAUCUCGACAUGAAGCCUACUCUUGAGGCUACUCUCGAAGAACGUAUAUUAAAUUACGAGGACAAGUGGGAGAAGGGUGGCUUCCACUUCUGGAUCGGAUCGUAUGGCGAUAUCUUCUUCAACCAGGACGCCAAUGACGUGGCCUACGCUUUCUGGAGAGACAAAACUAGAGCGCGUAUCAACGAUCCCGAAAUGAAGGACAAAUUAGCGCCAAUGAAGUCUCCGCAUCCUUUCGGAGUGAAACGUCCAAGUUUGGAGCAGAACUACUUUGAGGUCUACAACCAGCCCAAUGUUGCGCUUGUUGAUGUCAACAAGACUCCGAUCGCCGAAAUCACUCCAGAUGGCAUUAAAACCAGCGAUGGGAUUGAACAUAAACUUGAUGUACUGGUUUUUGCUACCGGCUUUGACAUGGUCACCGGGGGUAUCACCUCUAUCGACAUUCGUGGUCAAGAUGGCGUCCCUAUUAAAGAGAAAUGGGUCAACGGUGUUCGUUCUUACCUCGGAUUAGGCAGCGCGACGUACCCCAACAUGUUCUGGAUUUAUGGACCGCAAUCCCCCGCUGCCUUUAGCAACGGUCCAAGUACUAUUGAGUUCACCAGCGAGUGGAUUGCUGAUUGCAUUAAGCACUGCCGAGAGAACAAAAUAUCACAUAUUGUACCGUCUAAAGAAGCACAAGACGCGUGGAGUGAGCAACUGCAACAAAUCGCAUCGAUGGGCCUUUGGAUGGGAGCGAAGCACUCCUGGUAUAUGGGAAGCAAUAUUGAAGGUAAAAAAGUUGAAAUUCUUCAGUUCCCUGGCGGUGUGCCUGCGUAUUACAAGGCAAUCAGUGACUCGGUAGCUAAAGGAUACGAAGGUUGGACAUUGAAGCAAGCCACCGUUUGA